GAAUCUUAGAAGAUACAGAAAUGACCAAAGAAAAUACUUCAAUAAAAAAACUUUCUUUUCUUUUCUUUGGCUUCUUUUGGGUCCCCAACUUUGAGCAUUCUUCUAGUAAUUGCUGAGGAGUGAGGAAACCUCCGGAAAUAAAAUUCUUGCAAACCCUAGAACUACAUCGAUUCCUCACAUCAUCAUCCGAGCUCAGUUCUCCUGCAAUUCGAUUCACAGUCAACAGUAAUUGAAAUUCAGGAACAAUGGGGAUCAUAGAAAGGAUUAAGGAAAUCGAAGCCGAGAUGGCUCGGACACAGAAGAAUAAGGCUACAGAGUAUCAUCUGGGUCAACUGAAAGCAAAGAUAGCAAAGCUCAGGACGCAGCUGUUAGAGCCUCCCAAAGGUUCGAGUGGAGGAGGGGAGGGUUUUGAAGUUACAAAGUUUGGGCAUGGACGUGUUGCACUGAUUGGAUUCCCAAGUGUGGGUAAGUCAACACUCCUAACCACUCUUACUGGAACUCACUCAGAAGCUGCCUCGUAUGAGUUUACUACACUUACCUGCAUCCCUGGAAUUAUACACUACAAUGAUACUAAGAUUCAACUGCUUGAUCUUCCUGGAAUCAUUGAGGGUGCUUCUGAAGGAAAGGGGCGUGGAAGGCAGGUCAUUGCUGUAGCCAAAUCAUCAGAUCUUGUACUCAUGGUUCUAGAUGCCUCAAAAAGUGAGGGGCAUCGGCAAAUAUUGACUAGAGAACUGGAAGCUGUGGGAUUACGUCUCAACAAAAAACCGCCUCAGAUCUACUUUAAGAAGAAGAAGACUGGGGGCAUUUCUUUCAACAGUACAAUGCAGUUAACACAUGUGGAUGAGAAGCUUUGCUAUCAAAUUCUUCAUGAGUAUAAGAUUCACAAUGCUGAGCUGUUAUUUCGUGAGGAUGCAACAGUUGACGAUCUGAUUGAUGUGAUUGAAGGGAACCGUAAAUACAUAAAAUGUGUAUAUGUAUACAACAAGAUAGAUGUUGUUGGUAUAGAUGAUGUUGACAGGCUAGCAAGACUUCCGAACUCUAUUGUCAUUAGUGCCAACAUGAAGCUUAAUCUAGAUAGAUUGUUGGCAAGAAUGUGGGCGGAGAUGGGACUAGUUAGAGGUUAUACUAAGCCUCAAGGCCAGCAGCCAGAUUUUUCUGAGCCCGUGGUUCUCUCUGCGGAUCGGGGUGGUUGUACGGUUGAGGAUUUUUGUAAUCACAUACACAGAACACUAGUGAAGGAUUUAAAGUAUGCUCUUGUUUGGGGCACGAGUGCAAGGCAUUAUCCUCAGCAUUGUGGACUUUCACAUGUUCUUCAAGACGAGGAUGUGGUUCAAAUUGUUAAAAAGAAGGAGAUAGACGAAGGAGGGAGAGGGCGUUUCAAAUCACACUCAAAUGCCCCGGCCAGAAUCGCUGACAGAGAAAAGAAGGCGCCACUUAAACAAUAAGACUUGUGAGCAGAUGAUGGUGUGGUUCGAGUCUAUCUGGUCACAAGGUAGAGACUUCCAACGGAAAAGAGGUAUUAUUAAAGAUCCUCGACAAAGUUUCAGUCAAUUACAAACUGAUUUACGGAGUACUCAUUUUUGUCCUUGUCAGAUUAGUAUUUGAUUUUAUGUCUACGGUUCAUUUGUUGUAACUUCAUGACUAAUACAGUUAUACAUCCAUUAGUUAUGGAUUUGAAAGAAAUUAUCUGGAUUUUCGCUUUA